UCUCCGCCUUCCUCGAGCACACGCCACCGGACGCCUAGCCUCUAGUCCAUCCCCGACCGCUGCCUCAUCGCAAACCGGUCCGCAGCUUAGCUUCGAGGGAGCGCGGCGGGGCGAGAUGUGGCCGCCGUUCCUGUACGCGCCGUCGCCGCUCGACGCGGCCCUGACGGCGGCGGGCGCUGCCGGUCUGGUCGUCAUAGCCCUCCCCGAGUUUCUCGGCAGGAACCUGGCCUACUCCAAGUUCGUCGCGCGCCGGCGCCGGCGCGCGACUCAUAUUGCCAAGCCACGCCGGGAUGCUCGUGUUCUACUCCCCGGCGCUGGUCGUCGCGCUCGUGUCCCUCGCCGUGUCAGGUGCCGUCGAAGGCGCACGCGAGCGGAUCCUCUGCGCCGCCUUCGCCGCCCACUUGCUCAAACGGGUGCUUGAGGUGCUCUUCGUGCACCGGUACAGCGGGAGCAUGCCGCUCGGUACGGCGCUGCUGAUCUCCUCCGGCUACCUAUUCCUUUUGGCAAUGAUCUACGUGCAGCGCCUCACCCGCGGCCUCCCAGAGCCCGCCGUCGACCUGCUCUACCCCGGUGUGCUCGUCUUCGCCGUCGGGAACACCGGCAACUUCUACCACCACCUCCUCCUCUCGAGGUUGCGAGCCGGCGGCGGCGACAAGGAGUACAAGAUCCCCCGGGGCGGCCUGUUCGAGCUCGUCGCCAGCCCGCACUACCUCUUCGAGAUCGUCACGUUCUUCGGGUUCGCCAUGAUCUCGCAGACAGUGUUCGCACUCGUCGUGGCCGUCGACUCUGCGGUCUUCCUCGCCGGCCGGAGCUCCGCCACCAGGAAGUGGUACGUGUCCAAGUUCGAGGAGUUCCCAGCGAGGGUCAAAGCUCUUGUGCCGUAUGUCUGGUAGAGAGAGUGUGUGCGUACCCUAUGGUCAGAUUACCAGAGAUCGGCCACCUGGUCAAGGUGAUUUGGAUUGAAUAAAAUGUGAAAAUUCAGAGCCCAGU